GGGAUGGGAUCACGUGUACAUAAGAAAAGUUUCUGCAGGACAGGUCUGGGCUCCCGUGGGUACAGCACAGUCUGUACCGCCAGUCAGACACGUCACUGCUCCUGUACAGUAAGUACGUACAGUAAGUGACUGUACAGCGGGCCGGCUGACGUCCACACUCCUCCUCGCCCCUAUAUCCCCGCGCCAGUCCCUCCGUCUCCAGCCUCUCCUCUGCCUUUUCCUGAGCGCCCGAUCCCCGGACUCUGAUAGGCUGCUGGGAGUCACGUGUCAGAGCCCCCAGCUUUGCAGCAGACUGUGCUCCGCAGAACAUAGUGCAGCCCGGGACCGGAGAGCCUCGGCGCUAGGACACGAGCCUUCCAGCGGGAUUACCGGAGCCUCCGCCGUGCCAGGAGUUACACCAGCAGCCGGACACUGCCCGGGCUCUUCUCGGUGAAGCUCCACCUUCAUCUCAAGCGCUAUGUCUGCUAAAGCCACCAUCAGCAAGGAGGUCUUUUCUCCCCAAGAUGAGCGUAUGCUGGGUGCUGUGCUUGUGAAGCGAAGGACCAAGAAAAAAAUUCCAUUCCUAGCAACAGGAGGACAAGGAGAAUACCGAACAUACAUCUGCUUGUCAGUCACAAAUAAAAGGCCAUCACAAGUCUACAUUACCAAGGUGAAACAAUUUGAGGGCUCAUCUUGUUUUGUGAGAAGAACUCAGUGGAGUCUAGAUCAGCUGAGACAAGUAAAUGGAAUCGACCCUAAUCGGGAGUCUCCAGAAUUUGAUCUUCAGUUCGACAACGCGUCUGACCAGUGGAUGGCAAGUUCCGGCUCAGAGAAAUUUACUUUCUUCCAAAUCCUGCACCAUACAUGUCAGCGAUAUCUCUCUGACGGAAAGCCCGAGUUCAUCAACUGUCAAUCCAGACUUUUCUCAGGCAACAGUAUACUACACUCGGCUGCUGACAGUGUGACCAGUGCUGUACAGAAGGCUAGUCAAGCACUCAAUGAGCGUGGAGAGCGCCUUGGUCGGGCAGAAGAAUCGACAGCGGAAAUGAUGAACAGUGCACAACAGUUUGCAGACACUGCUCACAAGCUUGCUAUGAAACAUAAGUGUUGACCUGGGAAACAGUGUAUGUACCUACGCCCCUGCCGAACUGUAUAUGCAAAACCUCAGCACAAGUAAAAAAUCUUUGUUUUGAAUGGGAAUUGUAUUGACUUUUGCCACACAGAUUGUGCUUCUCAGCACAAGUGGUGCCAAUGGAAUGGAGAAUUUGGGAAUAACCUGCAGGGUACAGCAGCUUCCACUACCAUGCUAGUAAUACAUGGGCAUCAUCUGGACCGGCAUUCAGUUUUCAGAAGGCACGCUGCUUGAGAACUUUGGAAAUGUGCGCAAAUGGAAGUUUGUGAUUGAAGAUAUAAAGCGUUUACCGUGAUUGCCAGCCAUCCAAAUACCUGCUCUGAUGCGAAUGUGCCCUACGCUACUGAUCAAGCUGGUGGCCUGUUAUGUAGGAGUUGGUGCUCUUUCAAGUCCUGGCAUGAGUGACUUCAUAUGAAAGACAUGUCUUUGUCAGAAGCCUUAGUGUCUAGUGGCAGUAUUAAGCAGCUUCGCGCCUUUCUGUGUGUGUCACUGGACACCGGUGGCCCUUUUUACCAUAGUUUUUGUUCCUCACUGUCCAGCUCAAAUACUUCAUGCCAUUGUUUCUGUAGAGCUGGCAUAUUUUAAACAUUUCCAUGUGUUUCAUUUUUAAGCCACGUUGCAGAAUAAUAUUCCAAGCAAUAAAAUGUUUACUGGUAUCUUGAAAGAAAAA